AUGUCAUCGACCUCGCACCCGGAUAACCCUGUCCCCGAAGAGCCUCGAGUGCGCUCGCUAUCCGUUACGAACACGAGCUUCGGUGGUUCUUCGCUUUCAUCACAAGGCUCAGAAAAGACAGAAUCAUUAGAGUCGUCGACGACGACGACACCACCUACAGAACCCUCCGACGAAGAGCUCUCACAGAAGCAAUCUGAAGAUGGCACUGGACGCCGCAGGCGUGCGUCCACCGUUCUCAUCUCACAGGGUCCAGAUGAUAUGCGCCGGAUUUUGGAGAAUGUAGGAACAGCAGGAGGCACACAGAAGCUUCAGCCCAUGUGCUGUGGUGGUGGAUGCUGUCGUCUUCAACCACUGAACCAGACUCCUGGCCCUGUCUCUGUUAUCAACCCUGUCACUCCACCGGAUAACAAGGCAUUCGAGAGCCUGAAGCUCAAUGUCGACCUCCUUACGCUUGACAGCGAGCUCACGAACCUUGCUCCCCUUCCUGAGAAGAAGGUUUCCUUUUCGACAAUUCCUCCAUCAGCUGUGGAUAUGCAGCUUGGGCCUGAAGAUCACCCUCCUCCUUUCGUGCAGCCUCACCCUCCAUACAAUGUGUACCGAGCUCCCGUUUAUCAUGCACGAGAGCUCACAGGCGCUGGCGCAGAGAAGCGGACAUACCACUUUGACAUUGACGUGACCGACUAUCCUGCUGAGAGUGGGAACGUCGACUUCGUCGUAGGUGGUGCUAUUGGCGUGUGCCCCAUGAACAAGGAGGAAGAGGUGGAGGAUAUCUUGAACCUGCUUGGCAUUCCAAAGUUCAUUCGCGACAAGAAGAUCACAGUCCGCACUUCCAGUGGUCGGUGGCCAACGAUUUGGGGUAAGGACGAGGCCCGGGAGUUGAUCACAACCCGACGAGAGCUUCUUAAAUGGUGCUCCGACAUCCAGAGUUAUGCCCCAACAAAGAAUCUAUUCCGGCUGCUCGCCGAAUAUGCCAGCGAACAAAGCGAGAAGAAGAUCCUCACAUACCUAUCGUCAGCUCAAGGCCAAGGUGCCUUCUGUGACCUCCGUACCAGCUCACAUAUCACCGUCUCCCAACUUCUCCACGCCUUUCCCUCAUCCCAUCCCCCACUAGACCACCUCCUGUCCGCCCUCAACCAACUCAUGCCCCGGUUCUAUUCUCUAUCACAAGACCCCAUGAUCUCAUGCAAGCGCAAAGGCGAGGAAUCCCGUCGCCUAAUCGAAAUUGCCAUAACAGUCGCGGAAUCCGACGACUGGAAGGGCGGCAACCGAACCGGCGUAGGGUCAGGCUACAUGGAACGCCUCGCCCGACGCGUCAUCCAAGCUCAAAAUGACGGCGGCGAGGUCGGAAACCUCGGCCUCCAUGUCCCCAUGUUCCGUGGCCUAAUGGCGAACCCACUCGCCAAGCGGUUCGCCUCUGACGGCCCCAUGCUCCUCAUCGGCGCUGGUGUCGGAGUCGCUCCAUUCCGAGGAUUCGUUCAGCGCCGGCUUCAGUCCGCGAACUGCGCGAAUAAGGUCUGGGUGUUGCAGGGCGUUCGCGAUUCCUUGCUAGACGAGCUCUACCGCGGCGAGUGGGGCGUGGAAGAGGAUAAAGUUCGUAAGGUCGUUCAGAGUCGUCGCGGCGAGAGCAAGUACGUCCAGGAAGAAGUCCGCAACCAAGCCGACCUUGUCUGGUUCGUGGUAAACUCGCUUGAUGGCCGUGUUUUCGUAUGCGGAAGCGGUAAAGGUAUGGGUGAGGGCGUCGAGGCUGCAUUGAUCGAUGUCGCCAUGGCCAAGGGAAACCUAAACCGCGAAGAAGCCGAGCUGUUCUGGGAAAACAAAAAAGAAGCAGGACAGUACAUUGCGGAGACGUGGUGA